AUGGCCCCACGCCGGCUGGGAACAACCAGGGAACUCACCGGAGUUAGGGGCUGCCAGGGCUACAGGCAAAGAAAACAGGGAAGGGCUGAGCAGGUUCCAGAGCUGUCAACAAUUAAAAUGACAGUGCAGCAGCACACGAAAGGCCUCGGGCUGGUUUGGGGUAAAAGCAGCAGGUUUUGUCCCCAGCUGGUGUUGGUUUUUGCCCAGGUGAACGAUGCUGAGAGCACGGUGUCGGUGGAGUUCACCCCCACCAUCCCACACUGCAGCAUGGCCACCCUGAUCGGCCUCUCCAUAAAGGUCAAACUGCUUCGGUCUCUGCCUGAGAGGUUCAAGCUGGAUGUUCAUAUAACACCAGGAACACAUGCCUCUGAGCACGCAGUUAAUAAACAGCUUGCUGAUAAAGAACGUGUGGCAGCUGCUUUGGAGAACUCUCACCUCCUGGAAGUGGUGAAUCAGUGUUUGUCUGCUCGGUCAUAAUUGCCUGAUGAGGAAAUCACUGGUAUUCUGCUCUGUUAAACUAAUUUUGUAUUUAUGUGGUGGUGUUACACUAUACAUAUAGCUGUGAGUAAAAUAAAAUCACUUGGAUUUUCUUGA